AUGGCUUCAAGAAACCCAUAUUCUAGCAUCCACCCACGCUCCUCCUCUUCUCUUUUCGACAACUAUCCGGGGCCCGCCGAUGCAAGAUCACGACCGGGAGGCUCCCAUUCCCCGGCAAAAUCGGGCUAUGGGUAUGGAGCUAACGGAGCAGGAGGCCCGUAUAUGAACGGCGGAGCACAAAGCGGCAGUGGUGGUUUCAGGCCGGCAACGCCGAACUCGAAGGGCCAAUAUUCACACUCGGUGCUCGAAUCGCUCGAAUCGCAGAAUGAAAAUGAAAAUACCAGCGUCCUUUCCUCCAAGGUCAGCCAGCUCAAACAACUCACCAUCGCGAUCGGUGAUGAGAUUCGUGACUCCUCCGCACUUGCGGAUCAGAUGAACGAUAGCUUUGAUAAUACAAGGGUGAAACUGAGAGGGACCAUGCGGAGAAUGUUAAGGAUGGCCGAACGGACGGGUGUGGGAUGGAAGGUUUGGCUCGGUUUCUUCGUUGCGGUGUGGUGUCUCUUUGCUUGGGUGUGGCUGUUUUGA